CAAAAUUGUACAUAGUUUAAGUUUUAUUUUCUAGUGCAAAUCAACUAUAGGCAAAGCAAAAACGACUUUCAGUGCCCUAGGAGUUCUAUUCUCUUUUUAAUUUUUACAAUUUUGAGCCGAACUAGUGGCAAUAACUUUCUGAACUAAUAAACUUCAACUAGUUCAAUAUAUUUAAUUUGAAACCGAAACGCAUUGUGGGAAGUUUAAAAAUGGCCACUUCGAAAAGUGCAAAUACAUAUAAUCGGCAAAAUUGGGAAGAAGCGGAUUUCCCAAUACUCUGCCAGACAUGUUUAGGAGACAAUCCCUACAUUCGUAUGACUAAAGAAAAGCAUGGAAAAGAAUGUAAAAUAUGUGCUAGACCCUUCACAAUAUUCCGUUGGUGUCCAGGGGCCAGGAUGAGGUUUAAGAAAACAGAAGUCUGUCAGACUUGUAGUAAAGUUAAGAAUAUUUGCCAGACAUGCUUGCUUGAUCUAGAAUAUGGUUUACCUGUACAAGUGAGGGAUGCAGCUUUAAAGAUUGCAGAUGAGAUGCCCAAGUCUGAUGUCAACAAAGAAUACUACACACAGAACAUGGAGCGAGAGAUUGCUCAGACAGAUGGUACUGUUGCUCCAGGGGAGCUUGGGAAAGCAAAAGCUACCAGUGAUAUGUUGCUGAAAUUAGCCAGGACAACGCCAUACUACAAAAGAAAUAGACCACAUAUAUGUUCUUUCUGGGUGAAAGGGGAGUGUAAAAGAGGGGAGGAAUGCCCAUACAGACACGACAAACCCUCUGACCCUGACGAUCCUCUCUCAGACCAGAAUAUCAAAGACAGGUUUUACGGCACAAACGAUCCUGUAGCAGACAAAUUACUGAAGAGAUACACUAGUAUGCCACAGUUAGAUGCACCCGAGGACAGAACUAUAAGUACACUCUAUGUCGGUAAUCUAGGGGAAGAUGUCACAGAAAAAGAUCUGAGGGAUAAUUUCUAUCAGUUUGGUGAAAUCCGCUCAAUAACCUUGGUAACAAGGCAACAGUGUGCAUUCAUUCAAUACACAACAAGGACGUCAGCUGAGGCUGCUGCAGAGGCAACAUUCAACAAGUUGAUCAUGAAAGGUCGGAGGUUAAACAUCAAGUGGGGACGUUCUCAAGCUCAGGGUCAGACUAAGAGGGAAGGAGAGUCAGACCAGGCACAUCUUGAGCCAGUACCUGGAUUACCCUCCAGUCUUCCACAUCCAGAGGAGAUGCAGAACAAUUUCUUCAACUUGAAUGCCCCUCCCCCGAUGUUACCCCCACCCCCAGGAAUGCGACCUAUGAGACCACCCCCUCCACACCCCAGGGGACCCCCGCCACCCAUGAGAGGACCCCCAGGACCUCCAGGUAUGAGACCACCCCCUCCUCCCCCAGGAAUGCUACCCAUGAGGCCUCCCCCUAUGAUGCGACCCCCAGGAUUCAUGCCAAGGAUCCCAAUGCAGACUGUGCACUACCCCUCACAGGACCCCACACGUAUGGGGGCUACAGGAGCUUUAGCUCCACCAGGGACUACAAAGUGAAAUUAUGGGAUAUGAAAUCGUCAAGGGGCUGCAUGUUUAAAAACAUGGUCUUCUCUGGAUAUUUUUUGUAAACUAAACAAUAUAGGAUUAUGAAGGUGUUAUGGAACACGAUUCAUUGUAUUUUGAAUUGAAACAAUCAAUGCAUUAGCAAAUAAAAUAAAACAAAAAAUUAUGUGUCUUGUA